GCAUACAGAAGUCUUAGGUCGUAGCUUUAAGCACAACGCAUACAAAAGGUCCCCAACUCCCAAGAGCAUGAAACUCCUUGAGCGGAUUAAAUAAUUGAAUCCUUUAUUCAUUCCUAGAUUCACCAAAACCCUUCCUAUAAUUCCGUUUUUUCUUCUUCAUUUCUUAAGCUUUAUCCAUUGGGAAAUGGAUUUCCAAGUGGUUGUUUUAGCCGGUGGCAAUUCGAAGAAUCUGAAUCCCCUAGUUUCCAAGGACGUGCCUAAACCUCUGCUUCCGGUAGCCAACCGCCCUGUUCUUUAUUAUGUUCUACACCAAUUGGGGCAAAGCAACCUCAAAGAUCUCAUCGUGGUGGUUGAAGGAGAAGAUGCAGCGCUUCUUGUUGGUGGUUGGAUUUCUAAGACUUUUGUAGAUGGACUACAUGUUGAGAUUGCUGCAGUCCCUGAGGAUAUUGGAACAGCUGGGGCACUUAGGGCAAUCUCACACCACCUCACUGCAAAAGACAUUUUGGUUGUGAGUGGUGAUCUUGUUUCUGAUGUUCCUCCUGGUGCAGUUGCUGCCACCCAUAGGCGACAUGAUGCUGCAUUGACUGCAAUGCUUUGCUCUGUUCCUGUUAGUGGAUCUUCGGACUCGGGAUCUUCUGGUGGAAAAGACAAAACCAAAAAAUCAGGACGAUACAACAUCAUUGGACUGGACCCUUGCAAACAGUUUUUAUUACACAUAGCAACAGGCGAUGAAAUUGAGAAAGAUUCUCGACUUCAGAAGCACAUACUCCAUGCAGUAGGCCAGAUGGAAAUUCGAUCUGAUCUGAUGGAUGCACACAUGUAUGCAUUCAAGAGGUCUGCCCUGCAAGAAGUUUUAGAUCAAAAGGAUACUUUCCAAAGCUUGAAACAGGACGUAGUUCCUUAUCUAGUCCGGAGUCAGUUGAAAUCAGAGGUCUUGUUAAAUGGAAUUUCACAAGCAGAGGAAAAUGGUAAUGAGAAGCUUAGUUCCCUGAACAAUCAAGUUUUGGUCUACCAAAUCCUUGCUAAUGCAUCUACCCCGAGCUUUCAUGAACGCUAUUCUAUGGAGCCUGAUGGUUCUUCCCAGAGUCGGAAAACCCAUAAAUGUUGUGCUUAUAUUGCAAGCAACAGCAGUUAUUGUGUUCGCUUAAAUUCCAUUCAAGCAUUCAUGGACAUCAAUCGAGAUGUCACUGGUGAGGCAGAUCAUCUGUUAAGUGAUACCUCCUCAGAUCGUGAUAAUAUUAUAGGUCCUUCACCGAAGCUUGGAGCCAAAACUACCGUGGGACCACAAUGUAUUCUGGGGGAAGGUUCAGAAAUAGGUGACAAAUGCCAAGUAAAAAGAUCUGUGAUUGGCCGUCACUGUCGGAUUGGUUCCCAUGUCAAGAUUGUCAAUUCCGUUGUAAUGAACCAUGUUACAAUUGGCGAUGGCUGCAUAAUUCAAGGUUCUGUGAUUUGCAACAAUGUACAGCUUCAAGAGCGUGUUGUAUUGAAGGAUUGCCUAGUGGGGGCAGGUUUUGUAGUUACCAUGGGAAACGAGUAUAAGGGAGAAUCUUUGGCUAGAAAAGAGAAAUGAGUGAAGGCUGUUGUAUCUCAGAAUUGCAAGAAAAAUGCCUGUCUCUACCCAUUUCAUUUUCAUGGUGCUAUUUCGGGCGUGCUUUGCUGAAACACUGGUGCUAAUAAUAUGCGAUCCUUAACAAGUGAAGGUAAGACAAUGUUAACGACUGUAUUUUUCUGCUCUCCAUUUUAUUCUCUCUUUGAAUGUUGCUUUAAACUUGGAGUCAUCCCGCUGUGUAUUUUUCACAAGACUAAAAAUGAUAUAUAAACUUAUCCCAAUUUUGGCU